GAAAAGAAAACAAAUCGAAGUAACCAGCCCUGGAGGUGCCGGACAUCCAAACAAUGUGAGGAAGAAAGGAAAAAGGUCUGAGUUAGCCACUUCGCUUCUGCCUCUUCGCCCUUGCGUGAUCAUUCGGGGAGUUUCACCAUCCUCCAGUGCCUGGCUCCCACCUGUUCCUCAUCGCUCAUAGCACGUCGUUUGGCGCGGCAGUACCUAGCUUUGGGUUUGCUUGUUGCCACAGCGCACACCGGCACUCCGGCUAACGUCGACGAUGGAGUCGGAGCGUCGUACGUGCCGCUUGAUAGGCACUGGAAGCCUAACCCUGGUUUUGCUGAUGGCGUUCAUUGGGCCAACGGACUGCCAACUACCGAAAGCUGUUUACUGCAGCCUCACGCCACCGUCGCAGCCAUCACAAGGAUGCAACUUGACUCUAUACCCGGACGACACGAACGUCACGGGACUGGUUGCCCAAACUUGUGGAGAAGCAGUAAACUCCCUCUACGUCACCUUGAAGAGACGCGAGAGUCCACCUGAAAUGCAGCACUGCUGGAAACAGCUGAACGAUCUGAUCCUUGCUUGGAAAUCACCCGGGACAUCUCUGACGGUUGUGGCCAAUCCUGCUGAUGGAAUUACACUGAAGGGAUUUGCUGGUGACGACCCUAUUAAGAGCGAUAUGCCUAUGUGCCUGCAAGGCUUCACGCUCGUCGACUGCGACAUACGCUACUACUACAUCAGGACUACCAUGCAACCUGAUCCAAUCGUUCAGCACAUGACGUUCCGCAACUCGCGCCUCCUCCUGGACAGUAUUCAGGGUGGUUUGGAAAACGUAUAUCUCAUCCACAACGUGACCGUGACGGCUGUUGCGCGGGGCGACGCAGCCAGCGCUGCGCUACACGUGACCGAGCCACAGAUGAACCUGCGCCUGUCGUCGGUAACGUUCACCUGGAACAACAUCACGUGUUUCAACUUCUCCGGCCUGAAAUCCCAUGCUCUCGGAGCAGAUAUUCCAUUAGACAGUGGCUUCUACCUGCAACUCGAUGAUGUUAAGUUCAGUGAUAAUGACGUCAACGUGACAGCCAGUGCGGAUCUGAACCCCAGCGUGGCCGUCAUCGACAUGGGCGAUGCAAAUCCGUUCCAUCUGACACUCGACGGCGUGCACUUCACGCAGAACAGCUUCUCGGGCAGUAGGCAGAGCAUCGAGUGCGCGAGCGCGCUACGAGUGACAUGCGAGAAGCACGGCUCCAGACUAAAUCUUCAAGACGUGCACUUCAUUGGCAACAAGAUGCCGACGAUGAUGAGCACGCGCAACGCUGACGUUUCGGCAAUAACAGUUUACGUUGAGGGUGUACAAGCCAGUACAACAAUGUUCGGCCAGUCGGCGCUAUCCGCGGGCGCAAUUUCCCUUUCCGGGGGCAUGGGCAAUCCGGUACUAUUGGCUCACGUCACGAUUAAGGAUAGCGGUGUUCUGCCGGUGCGGGUAGAAUCGUCAAACAAUGUUACGUUGCAAACUGUAACGAUCACUGACUGCAACAUGCCUGCAGUACAAACUGCAGUGCCGCUGACUGGGGACAUCCCUUUAUUGGCGACCGGUAUAAUCAUCACUGAUUCGGAUCUUGUCAAAGCUAGUAACAUAGAUAUAUCGGCGGCAACAACAGACGUCGCUGCCAGCCCAGAAUUGCCCAUGGCGGUAGUCUACGUCGGAGGAGCGAGUGAGGUCACCAUGGACACCGUGAACAUUUCAAACAGCCACGGCGUGCCGCUGUGGAUCGAUUCGUGCCACGACACUGUGCACCUCAGCAAAAUUCAUCUCGUUUGCAGUGCGGUCCCUCGGUCGGCUGGCCAAGCUACGGCAGCAGUUGGCAAUGACACGAGCAACGCUGUACCAGCGACAGGAAUAGCCGUGACGGGAUCUCCGAAGCUACACCUUCUCAACGCGUCAGUCGUAGGCGCUUGUGCCGAGGGCACAGUCCAGCCGAGCACCACAGCGUCCGUGUUGUACGUCGGCAGUGGUGUACAGUCGGUACUGGUCUCCAACCUAAAGAUCUCGCAGAGCGAUCGUCUCCCCAUAUGGAUUGACACAGGCAACGCCACCACUAUAACUCUAUCCAAUAUCGCCCUCUCGCACAACUGGGUUACCACGGCAGCCACGAUUGGCGCCAGUUCACAGCGAGCGGCGACUGCCAAUGGUCCGAGUGAUGACGUGGCUGUCGUCGGCAUCGCCGUCGCCAAUGCCUGGAACCUCACGCUGAACGAUUCUACCAUUUCCGGAGCCACAACGACAGAAGGAGGUGAACACCUGGACGUGGCUGCUGCUGUCGUGUAUGCCAAGGAUAUAGGAAGCUUAGAGAUCCACAACUUAACUAUAUCCGAUGGCCUUCAUUUGCCGCUGAGAAUCCAGAAUGCGGGGUCGGCAACCCUGACCGCCAUCAACAUCACCAAUAAUACCGUGCAGGCAACGCAUGCCUCUUCACCGUCAGCAUCGGCUGGACUGUCCGUGGGCAAUAUCACCCGACUCCGCAUCUCAGGAUCGGUGUUCCGACUCAACACUCUUCGGGCGACUAUGGCAAACACGUCCGUGUCCGGAGCGUGCAUGCGCUUCGACUUCACCGGCGCUACCGGCGCGGUGGUGAACGUCUCGGGCACGACGAUCACCCAUUGCGUGCUCGAGUCGGCGGCCAGCCUAAACGGCGUGAAGAUCCUGAGGACGUUCUACGGCGGUGGACUGUACGCGCUCUUCGCUCACAACACGAGCCAGUGCACGCUGAACGUGAGCCAGUGUGGUUUCACCGACAACCGAGGCGUUCACGGCGGUGCCCUGGGCGUCGUGUUUGAUGCCAACUCCGAGGGCAAUCAUGUCAUCGUGGACGGGCGCAACAGCACUCGCUUCGAUUUUUCAGGAAACAGCGCAACGGGCGACAAGAGCACAGCCCGUUCCGACGCAGACACCCUGGGAGCCGGUGGGGCAAUCGCUGUCGUGUUUCUCUCCAGCAACUCGCAAAACCGCUUCAAUCUGAGCGGCUAUCGGCUGAGCGGCAAUCAGGCGUCCGAGGGCGGUGCCGUGUACGCUCUAUUCUACGACGACGAGCGGACCCACCGGUUUUCGGUGACCGGCUGCGUGUUCACGGACAAUUCUGCUCUCACUGGAUCCGGCUUGCUCCUGUCCUCGACAAACUUGUGGAUCCAGCAAACAGCGGAAGAGGUGUGGCUCAAAGACCUGGAUUUUGACGGGAACAAGGCGUAUGAUUGUGGUGCUCUGGCCGUCCAUAAUGUCCAGUUCGUCAUGACCGGUGUGUUCACAUUCACAGAAAACUUCAACAGUGCACUCUAUCUGCAGAAUGCGCUAUGCACCUACUCCGCUACAUCCACUUUUUCAAAAAAUCGAGCACAUGCCGGCGGUGGGAUAUACAGCAUAUCAUCGCGUUUGGUUAUCUCCCCCGGCAGCAAAGCACAUUUCGAUAACAAUGUUGCUGUUGCUAUGGGAGCUGGUAUCUAUGCGUUCAUCGAGACACCAUCGCCACAGAGCAUGCUGACCCAGAAUUCACUCGACUGCUUCCUGCAGCCACCGGAUCUGACGUCGCGCUUCGACAUGUUCCAGCUGUUUUCCGACUGGAGCGACUUCACUGACAACCGGGCGGGCAUCGCUGGCUCCGCUGUGUAUGUCAACGAUGUCAUGGCCUGCUGGCCCAUUACGGAGAGCAGGAUUCCCGAAGACAUCGGUGAGCAGAUCGUGAACUCGAGGAUCUUCACCAAUAACAUGAUCAUACCAGAACUCUACACGAUGUACAGCAGCUGGACAGUGAACGAAGCUACGCCCGGGGGCAGCCUGUGCCAGCUGAUGCGUUGGCACCACCAACGUUGGAACCCGCAGCGCCUUGUGGACGAGGCCACUCUAAACAUGACCAAUGGCGAAAAUGACAUGACCGAACGUGUCAUUGCAACGGACAUCUCAGAGCUAUUCUUCCUCACCAGUGAGGACACUAUCACACCAGAGACUGCAUGCAUCAGGGAGAAGUACACUAAGGAGGAGCCCUUGGAAAUCCACUUUGGCGGCUCGGGGCUGGAACGUAAACUCCAAGGCUACGCAUGUGAUCAAUUUCACCAAGUUAGAGAUGCUCUGCUUUAUCUGACUGUGGACCGUCAUCAGGCAAACCAGGGAGACACUGCUGGCCCCGGUCCAAGUGCCAAUGCCCACCGCUGGCAGGGAAGUUCCCGAGAUGCGGGUGCUCCGACAGCCGCGCAGAGUCUCACCUUGUCGGCUGCGGACGACUGCACCGUCUCGCUGCGCGAGACCUCGGCAACCGUGGGGCUGACGGUGAAGGGGAACUCCAGCGAGACUGGUAACAUAGCGUUUGUCAUUGACGGCGAUGUGACGGAACCGCCAAAGGAAGGCACCACUGUCACGGUUCAAGUGGUGGGUGCCACACAUUACGUCACGGCACAGCUUAAUGUCUACAUUGACAAGUGCCGCCCAGGAUAUAAACUGAAGAAGAAAGAAAAAGGAGGCAAGGUGCAGUCUGUGUGCACGUGUGACACAGACGGUGGCGUUAUUCGAGGCUGCUCGGACACAAACGACAUUCGGGUCGCCCACGGCUAUUUCAUUUAUUAUGACAACACAACACAUGACUGGUACAAGACCAUAUGUCCGCCAAGUUUCUGCAGCUGCCCGAAUGCUACGUGUUCUCUGAACACCGAGGCCGAUGCCAUCAAGUCCCAAUGUAACAAGCGCAAAGGCAUCCUGUGCUCUCAGUGCUUGCCAAUCGAGGGCGAAAAAGAGGUCUUGAGCGUCAUGGGCUCGUUCACGGCUGCAUGUGUUAAGAAAGACGACUGCUUGGACUGGAAGGCAGCACUAGCAAUAGCCGUGGUGAUCUUCAUCUGCUUGGAACUUCUUGUUCUGACAUUGAACAUCCCGCUGGCUAAUGACAUCAAGGGUCUCUGCUUCUACCAGAGUGUUGUCUACCUGCUCAUCAGUGAGAGUGACAAGUUUCUCGACGAGAUCACGUGUACGGAGAACUGCGACCCCUUCUCCAAGAUGAUUCAGCCGCUCUGGGCCGUUGCAAAUCUGGACUGGCCGGGCAAAUGCUUCGUCAGAUCUGAUUCAAUGGCCGAUAGCAUAGCGUGGCGAUUCCUCACUCCGGCGUUGAUCUUCUUCCUGCUCUUCCCAUUGCAUUUCUUUAUCAGAAAAUGCUGGAUGAAUCGAGGGAAUUCUUUUCAGAUUUUUGACGGCACGCUCCUGCUGCUGUACCUGCCCGCAAGUCACAUAAUGGGAACCUGCAUGCGCCUUCUGUCAUCCGUACAGAUAUCACCUCAUCAUACAAAGAAAUUUUUCUACGACGCGUCGCAGGACUUCUUCGAGGAUGGUCAUAAAGCCGCUGCAAUCGUAGCGUCAGUCAUGAUCUGUCUCCUGGCAGUUUUCGUUAUCAUGGUUGCAUAUCUGUCUCAAGAAGGCAAGACGCCGCGCUCCAUGGAGAAAACAAUGGACGGUUUGAAGCUGGCACUCAAGGUUGGAGUGAAACGUGACAACUUUGCACGACAGUGGUGGACAGUGGAUUUGAUACGGCGUUUCAUCAUCAUCAUCAUCUACAUGAACAACUUCAGCGAGUGGGUCAAACACUGCCUCAUCGGCGUCGUGCUGCUCGCCUGCCUGCUCUUCCAUAUAUGGGUGCAGCCGUAUACGGCCGCGGACGGCGAGGACGCGGACACGACGGCGUUCGUCAGCAUGCCGCCGCCGCUCCGCCGCAGACACUGGUGUAACUACCUGGAGGCGGCCGUGCUUACCAACAUGCUGCUGAUCACGUUCACCACCUGCGUCACCACCACCGAGGACAGCGUGUUGGACAGUCCUGAACGCAAGUACGUGCUCCGCGUCCUGAUGACCUGGCCCACGCUGCUCUUCUACUGUCUUCUUCUCUGGAAGAUCGUAGUACUCUUAUACUACAAGCUUCGUCCGCGGCAGCAGAUGGCCAGGCAAGGCGAUAACCAUGACGAUGUGGUAGACGACACCAGCGACCUCAUCCGCAUGUUGGGGUCGGACGGCGACCGACUGGACGGCGUCAGCGAGCGGCGACGCCGUCAGAUCCAGAACCACGAGGCCGUUCUGGAGCACGGUCACAUGACCCCACCACCGCCUGACGAGCACAGCCGGCUGCUGGAGUCGUCAGUCGGUGCUGCCUAGAGUUUCCGAACUCGCCGUUCAAUGCUGCCUGGAUGCUUGGUCAGCCGGUGCAAUCUGCCGCGUCCCAUCCCAGGCUAGUGUUUCUAGCUGUGAACAGUGAACGGAGAGUGUUUGCUCGUGUCUUUGUACACCUAAAUAAGUGCAGUAAAGCACCAUCUUGAUUCACUUGACCAAACCACACUCAUGCUACACACAUUAUAAUGACAUGUGCAGUCAACAUUGCGUAUAACGACACUCGGCCGGGCAUCAGCAAAGUGUCCUUAUUCGCAAAGUGUUGUUAUACCUAAAGCCUCAUUGUAUGUUUACAGAUAGAAUGGACUUUGCUCUGGGCAUGGAAAUUCUGUCGUUAUUCGCGAAUAGUCAUUAUACCGGCAGUAGUUAUUAGCGAAGUUGACAUGUAUGAGGAUUUUCACUUGAGGUUUCAAUAGACUAGCACCUACUACCCGCAGGUAUGCUCCCCGCUGCGAUCCUUCCCCUUCCCCACCCCCUUCCUUCCCCUUCCCCACCCCCUUCCUUCCCCUUCCCCACCCCCUUCCUACCCCUUCCCCCCCCUUCCCCACCCCCUUCCCCACCCCCUUCCUACCCCUUCCCCCCACCCCCUUCCACACACCCUUCCCUCCCCCUUCCUACCCCUCCCCCCCCCCCCUCCACACCCCACCCGCUCUCGAUAAGGUACCGAUGCAAGCUGCAAUGGAUGUUUGACCUCCUUGUAUUCCCUGCUCUUCUGAACGCCUGCUUCAUUGUAAUGUUAAACCUCUCGUAAGAGGCCCGGUUCUCUGUAUACCAUGGCGUGAGCUCAACAGCAUUUGGAAAUGUAUUAGCUGACAGGGGUGUCGGAAGGCAUUC